AAUGGGCUGGUGCAAAGCGUCCUAAAGCCCCGUCACUUCCCGGCUAGGAAGCCGGCAAGGCUUGAAGAGUAACGCCCGGGGGAGGGGGCGGGCGCCGAACCCACGCAUCCCCAGCCCGGCCGUGGUCCCCUGCAGUCUCGGGGCCGUCCCCCCUCCCAGGGGCCGGCACCAACAUGCCCUUUGACUUCAGGAGAUUUGACAUCUACCGGAAGGUACCAAAAGACCUCACACAGCCAACGUACACUGGGGCAAUCAUCUCUGUCUGCUGUUGCCUCUUUAUUCUGUUCCUCUUCCUCUCGGAGCUCACUGGAUUCAUAGCCACUGAAGUAGUGAACGAGCUGUAUGUUGACGAUCCAGAUAAGAACAGUGGAGGCAAAAUAGAUGUCAGUCUGAACAUCAGUUUACCAAAUUUACACUGUGAAUUGGUCGGACUGGACAUCCAAGAUGAGAUGGGGAGACAUGAAGUCGGACAUAUUGACAACUCGAUGAAAAUACCUCUGAACAAUGGUGAAGGCUGCAGGUUCGAGGGCCAGUUCAGCAUCAACAAGGUCCCUGGCAACUUUCAUGUAUCAACACACAGUGCCACUGCACAACCCCAGAAUCCAGACAUGACUCAUGUCAUCCACAAGCUGUCCUUUGGAGACACAUUGCAGGUUCAGAACAUUCAUGGAGCAUUCAACGCUCUGGGAGGAGCAGACAAACUCACUUCUAACCCCCUUGCAUCCCAUGAUUACAUCUUGAAGAUCGUCCCCACGGUGUAUGAAGAUAAGAGUGGAAAGCAGCGGUACUCAUACCAAUACACAGUAGCCAACAAGGAAUAUGUCGCCUACAGUCACACGGGCCGCAUCAUCCCCGCCAUCUGGUUUCGCUACGACCUGAGCCCCAUCACGGUGAAGUACACAGAGCGGCGCCAGCCACUGUACAGGUUCAUCACUACGAUCUGUGCCAUCAUCGGAGGCACGUUCACAGUGGCCGGAAUCCUGGACUCCUGCAUUUUCACAGCCUCUGAGGCCUGGAAGAAGAUUCAGCUCGGAAAGAUGCACUAGCACCGUGACUCUGACUCACUUUGCCAGGGACAGCCAUGCAGGAUCCCAGACCCAUCCAUCAUUUUAAUGAAUAUAUUUCCUUUUUCCCUCUAUCAGAGUUAAUAUUCAGUUUUGUUGGUUGAAGUUACAGAGCGGGUAGUUGUCACACCAAGAUUUCUCUUCCCAUAUGAUACUUCCAUCAGGGUGGGGGUGGGGGGGUGGAAUUCCAGGUUACACAUUCUCUUCUUUUGUUUCUGAAAAGACCAUACCGAGUAUUAUUAGGAAGAAGGUCCACUGCCAUGCUAAGAAUUAUGGUGCUCCCUGCUCUAGAGAAGCCGGGGGGGGGGGGGGGGCGGUUGGAAGGGGUAGAAAUCAUUCCCUAAGAAGCAGUCAGGAGGACUCAAGUGUUAUGAUUUGGGUUCAAACAGCCUGCAGAGUCUCAUUGGGAAAUAAUAAGAGUCUAAGAGUGAUAAGUUUUCAGUAUCCUUAGAAUAGUUACCUGGCUCACUUUUCCUGAGCAUCAAUCUAAAGUAAGUGGAGGGCGAGGAAAGCCCUUUUGGAGAGAGAAAGCAUUUGGUUUCCUGCCCAGGGAUACCCCAUGGCUUACAUUGUCAGGCUUCUCCCUAUCCCCACCCCUAAGAUGACACUUCGAGGAUGUGCACUUGACUGAACUACAUUAAGAUACCAGUUGAACUUGAUCACAUUGUAUAGGGCUCAAGAUCUCUGUUUAUUUGUGUGUCUGUCUGUCUGUCUGUCUCUGUCUGUCUGUCUCUGUCUGUCUCUCUGUCUUUGUCUCUCUCUUUCUACUUUUUUAAAAGUGGGUUUCAGACUGCAGGGAACCACAGCCCCUGAGAGACUUCAGUCUGUUCACUGGUGGUGCAGCAUAGCCAACAGCUGCAAAAAUACAUUUUCCUCCCAUUUUUCCCGUCACUCUUAACCUCCUACCAACGUGCCUCAGUCCUAACAAAAGGAGGACACCUCUUAGCUAUGGAAAACAGCCUAGUCUCUGAACCCACCCCACCUUUUUACUGGCACCUCAGCCUUUUGUGAUGACAAAGUGGUGGUGAGUGGUUGGGCAUCUCAUAGGGUUUAGAUCUGGAAGAAGCCUUAGACACCACCUAGUUCAACCUCCCUCAUUUUACAGAGGAAGAAACUGAGACCUGGAAAUGGGAAAUGCCAUGCCCAAGGGCAUACAGCUAAUAAACUGUAGAGGAGAGAAAACUCAGUUCCUCCUCUUCUAUAUCCAGUGUUCUUUCCACCAUAUGACGAUAUUCUCCUCUCUGUAGGCCCAGUGGCUUUGAGCAGGGCCAGAGAGUGACCACAUCAUUCCUAAUGACAUGAAGACCUUUCCCCACCGGUCCCACUUCUAUGUAACAUCUCUGGGGCAACAAGCUCAUUGCUAAUGUGAAAGUAGAGUCAGAUAGCAAUUUUCCCUGGAGACACCCUAGUUCAAAGUGGGUUUUGUUUAUUUUGUUAUGGUUUUAUUUUGAUUUGGUUUGUUUUAACCGCACCCCACCCCCCCCAAUGGCAGACGGAAAAGGGAGUAUCCCGGCAUGGGCCAGCAGCUCACCUCUCUUAUCAGACACUUGCUCUUCAGUUUCUUUCACCAGCCCCUCCAGCCACUAAGACUAGCUCAAGACAGACAGUCAUGCAGCUGGCGGGGCAGCAGCAGCUCUGGUUUCUUUCCACUUAGUUCAGAGCUGUCUCUGCUGCUGCUACUACUGCUACUGCUGCUCUGCUGCUGUUCAUACUCCCUUUCAUCAGAAUAUUCUCCUUUUAGAUCAGAACAGAGAAGGAUGAGAAAGCCAAGCCAGGGAGGGAUUCAGUGAAGGGAAUUUCAAAUAUUCUAUGCUGAUCCCAGAGAGAGCACCACCCUUCCAUUUUCCAUGCACACCAAGAAUUCUUUGCGUGCUUUGGUGAUUCAGGAUAAUGUCUAGUUGGGUUUAUUUUUUAACAAGGCCUUUGCCAUUUAUUAUUUUAAGACCCUAGUGCCAAUUAGAAAAACCUCCCCCCUCCCUUUUUUUUAUUAUGAGUUAAUUGAUAUUGUAAGUGUAACUGGAUUUUGUCAUUUCUUGAAUCUGUCACUAUUUGGAUGGAUUUUAUAUAUAUAUUUUUUUUCCAUUUACAAAAUUCAGAAAUGGAAAUGAUCCCUUGUGUAUGGGAGCAUGAGGGGGUUGGGGUGUGUGUGUGUGUGUGUGUGUGUGUGUGUGUGUGUGUGUGUGUGUGUGUGUGUGUGGCAUGCAUAUGUAUGCAAGUUUUACUUUUGUGGAAUUUUUCCAUUGUGGAGGUGGAGGGGUGGGCAGGGGACUUCAUUUCUCCAAUGAAAGGAUACCAAUGACCUGUUUUCUUAACAAAAUUCUUAAGGGGGGAAAUUUUGCCCUCUUUGUUUCUUCCACCCAUUGGGUUUAAGCAAAUUAAAAAGCUGUGAUUUUCA